AUGGCAGACAAACAUGCAUAUUGGCUUCAGCCUGCAUUUCAUUUGGCCUUGGCACCUUUGGAUUCCUUGUGCCCGUUAUUCGACGUAGCCAAGGUCUGUGUUCCGUGUGUCGUGUUUGCCUCCGUUGGACCAACUGAAGUCACACUUCAUCUCCAGACAUUUAGUGCUUUGAGUAAGCUUCAAAAUCGCACCAUCAUUUUCAGCAUGUCCGACGACCAGCCCAUAGAGAUGGGCGACAUGAACAGGUCUCCAAAUUGGAACUCGUCGCCACCUGGUCACCUGGGCCACACAGGGCAACCCACUCCUCCUCCUGUGCAAUCAGGGCGCAAGCUACAUAGCAUCGACAUCUUUAUGAUCGGUAUCUGCACGGUCAUCGGAAUGGGCUUAUAUGUCAGAACGGGAAUCAUUUUGAAUACUGGUGGUCCGGGUGCCGUUAUUUACUCCUUUGCUUUCCUCGGCUUCCUUACCUAUAUGGUCAUGCACUGCCUGACAACCAUGUUGCGUGUGUGGCCCAUCGCAGGCGCUAUUGUCAUCUUUAUUGAAAAGUUUGUUGACAAGGAGGUGGCCCAAGUUGUGGCCCUGCUAUAUUGGCUCACUUUUUGCUUCAGCUUUGCUGGGCUUACCACAGUCAUCAUUGAAUUAGGACAGUACUACGAUCGUGAUGACAAUCCAGAAACCUGUCGCAAAUUCAAAACUUGGUCAGCUGCCGUGUGUGCUAUUUCGUUAAUUGUGCCGUGGGCAUGUAAUCAGCUGCCUGUCCAAUGGUUUAGAUAUAUUGAACGUGUAUUGGGUUUCAUUAAGCUGGUUAUCGCAUUGAUCAUCAUCAUCACCAUGAAUGUUAUCAACCCGACAGUUUCCGAGGUAGCAGACAUUAGUCCUGAAAUCACAUACACUGCCACACAAAGCACUGCCACCAAGACAAUCACUGAAGCAUCCCCAUCCUUUCUACCUAGCACUGAUGCUUUCAAACACCAGGAUGGCUGGAAUGGUGGUUGGUUUGCAGCCCUUGUUGCAUGCAUCUUAAUCGCCUCCUUCGCUUUUAUUGGCAUCGAGGCGAUCGCCGUCACAGCGAAAGAAGUCGUCUUUGAAACCAAUAGCGAUGAUCUAGACGCCGAUUCUCUGUUUUCUAAUACUACCGAGGAUCUGAACCCUCCUCCAGAGUCUACCGAGGACGGUACUGUCACAAGAGACAUUGCAGAAAGCGAGAGUCUCUCAGUCCUCGAUACCGAUAUUAGAAGCUCCGAAAGUACUUCCAAUAAUCCCUUCGAGUUGGCAUCCUUGCUCCCAUUGGUGAUCACGGUCAUCUACAUGUGGGCUGGUUGGAUCGUCACUCAGAAUGUCUCUUGGAAGAGUGUUUCACUGCCGUCCUUGGAAUGGACCGAUAACUCCGACCCCUGCAAUGCAGACAUUUCCAUCUUUGUCAUGAGCGCAGACAAGCUACACAAGAAAGGUGUCCUGGCAAACUUUUUGACAGGUCUUCUGAUUACCAACAUUGCCUCUACAUCAGGUGCAGCACUAUAUAUUGCCUCGCGCACACUGUUCGGGUAUACUUCUGCUUACGCCCGAAAGCACAAAGACGCCAGAGGACUACGCAUCUGGAUUGCCCGCCAUCGAUGUGGUUGCUCAUAUGGCUUCUGUGUCAUGUAUCAUCACCUGGGGCUUGAUUUCACUCUCCGCUCUCCGGUUCUAUCGAUGGUCGGGCUUUUCUUUGUCCUUACUGCUGUGCUUAAGUGGACCAGAAAGCCCUCGGAAUCUUAUGCAUGGCCCAGGAUUAGACUCGGUGUUGACUUGCGCGAUCCGACUGAAGUCAAUCGUAUUUUUGACGACCUCGAUGAUCAGAUCAAACACAGGGAAGAGGGACGAGAUGAGGCCGAGGACGAAUGA